GCCAACGUGAUGGUGGCGCUGCUUCCUAACCUCCCUUUACGCACUUAGCCUCCAUACUUCGCGUUUACGUUCGCGUAGUUUAUACUUUUUACUUCUACUUUGUGUUGAGGAAUCCUGCGGAUCCUUGACCGUUAAAAUGGUCCAGAAGAAGCCGAAGAAGAAGGUAGGAAAGAAGGUAGCUGCGGCUCCUUUGGCCGUCAAGAAAGUCGAGCCGAAGAAGCAAACAAAUCCGCUUUUCGAAAAGCGCACCCGCAAUUUUGGCAUUGGUCAAGACAUCCAACCUGAUCGUGAUCUGAGCAGAUUCGUCAAAUGGCCCAAAUACAUUCGCAUCCAAAGACAGCGAGCCGUUCUCUCCAAAAGACUCAAGGUCCCACCCCCAAUCAACCAGUUCACCCAGACCCUUGACAAACAAACCGCCACUCAACUCUUCAAAAUUUUGGAGAAGUAUCGUCCCGAGUCAGCUGAUGCCAAGAAGAAGAGGCUGAAGGCUAGAGCCGAAGAGAAGGCUGCAAAGAAAGAGGACACUCCCACCAAGAGGCCCAACACGAUACGCAGUGGCACAAACACUGUUACAACUCUUGUAGAGCAAAAGAAAGCUCAACUUGUUGUAAUUGCCCACGACGUUGAUCCUAUUGAGGUUGUCCUCUUCCUUCCGGCGCUUUGCAGAAAAAUGGGUGUCCCAUACUGCAUCAUCAAGGGCAAAGCGCGUCUUGGACGUCUCGUCAGACGUAAAACUUGCACAGCUAUUGCUCUCACACAGGUUGACUCAGGAGACAGGGCGAACUUCGCUAAGGUCGUCGAAGCAAUUAAGACGAACUUCAACGAUCGUCACGACGAGAUCAGACGUCACUGGGGCGGUGGUCUUCUCGGCAGCAAAUCUGCCGCCAGGAUUGCAAAAUUGGAAAAAGCCAAGGCUAAGGAACUCGCCCAAAAACAGGGUUGAACGCAUUCGAAAUCCAUUAACAUCUUGGAAUUGUUCACGUGACUGGCCAAACAAUAAAAACUCAAAAAAAAUCUAA